GCUUUUAAUUUUUCAUUUCACAGGUUUUUUUGGUUAUGGCAUAACACGGAGUAUCAUUAAAUAUUUACAAAAAUUACAAGUUUUUUAAUAAAAAAUCACAAAUAUGUUACGCACUUUAAUAGGAAGAACUCUUAAAAGUGCUUCAUAUGCUGCCACCAAUGUAGUCUCAACAGCCGCAAUGCGUUCUUCAGUUGCGGCAGCUCCCUUACAAAAAGCUCUAUUUUCAUCAUUGCAAACGGCCACCAAUUGUACACUACCUAAACUUUACGGUCCAGUAGCCACAAACAAUAAUCUUCUACAGCAAGCUACCACAAUACAGUUGCAAACUUCCCGUGAUCUUACCAAAUUUUCGCUUAACAAAGGAAAACGCAAGUCAGUAAAAGCGGUAAUUAAACGGUUUCGACGUCUGGAUUGGGGUGGCUGGGUACGCACUCAUACUGGUCGUCAUAAGAAGAUGUUUAAAAAGUCCGCCGCCUUAAAACGUCGCUUGCGUCAACAUAUUUUCACCAAUUCCACACAAAGUUGGUUGCUUGAUUCAAUGGUGGGCAAAUUUUGGCGUCGUCCCAAAAAUUGGAUCGACGAUCCAUAUGCCCCCUACAAUAGGCGUGAUGAAUUCUUUGCUACCAAAAAGAAAUCU